GUGGACAUCGCCUCUCAGGUGCCUUGGUUUGAGCAGCUGGCUCAGUUCAAGAUCCCUUGGAGGUCUCACAGCAACCAAGACUCCUGUGAUCUGGGCAUCCAGAAUCUGAGCUUCAAAGUGAGGAGUGGGCAGAUGCUGGCCAUCAUAGGCAGCUCAGGCUGUGGGCGAGACUCACUCCUAGACGUGAUCACAGGCAGAGACCAUGGUGGCAAGAUGAAAUCAGGACAAAUCUGGAUCAACGGGCAACCCAGCACGCCGCAGCUGAUAAGGAAGAGUGUGGCCCACGUGCGCCAGAAUGACCAGCUGCUCCCCAACCUGACAGUCAGAGAGACCCUGGCUUUCGUGGCCCAGAUGCGCCUGCCCAGGAGCUUCUCUCAGGCCCAGCGUGACAAAAGGGUAGAGGACGUGAUUGCGGAGCUGCGGCUGAGGCAGUGUGCCAACACCCGCGUGGGUAACACAUAUGUGCGUGGGGUGUCCGGGGGCGAGCGCCGGAGAGUGAGCAUCGGGGUGCAGCUGCUGUGGAACCCAGGAAUCCUUAUUCUGGAUGAACCCACUUCCGGCCUUGACAGCUUCACUGCCCACAACCUGGUGAGAACGUUGUCCCGCCUGGCCAAAGGCAACAGGCUGGUGCUCAUCUCCCUCCACCAGCCCCGCUCUGACAUCUUCAGGCUGUUUGACCUGGUCCUUCUGAUGACAUCUGGCACCCCGAUCUACCUGGGGGCCGCGCAUCACAUGGUGCAGUACUUCACAGAGAUCGGCUACCCUUGUCCUCGCUAUAGCAACCCCGCCGACUUCUACGUGGACUUGACUAGCAUUGACAGGCGCAGCAAAGAACAGGAAGUGGCCACCAUGGAAAAGGCUCGGUCACUUGCAGCCCUGUUUCUAGAAAAAGUGCAAGGCUUCGAUGACUUCCUGUGGAAAGCCGAGACAAAGGAACUCCACGCGGGUACCUAUGCAGUCAGAAGCCAGACCCUCCCACAGGAUGUGGACUGUGGGACUGCAGUGAAGCCGCCCGGGAUGAUACAACAGUUUACCACCCUGAUUCGUCGUCAGAUUUCCAAUGACUUCCGAGACCUGCCCACCCUGCUCAUCCACGGGGCGGAAGCCUGCCUGAUGUCCCUCAUUAUUGGGUUCCUUUACUAUGGCUAUGACGUCAAGCCACUCUCCUUCGUGGACACAUCAGCCCUCCUGUUCAUGAUAGGAGCACUUAUACCUUUCAACGUCAUUCUGGAUGUCGUCUCCAAAUGUCAUUCGGAAAGAUCGAUGCUGUACCACGAGCUGGAAGAUGGGCUGUAUAGUGCUGGUCCAUAUUUCUUUGCCAAGGUCCUGGGCGAACUGCCCGAGCACUGCGCCUACGUCAUCAUCUACGGGAUGCCCAUCUACUGGUUGACCAACCUGCGGCCCGUCGCCAAGCUCUUCUUCCUGCACUUCAUGCUUCUGUGGCUGGUGGUCUUCUGCUGCAGGACCAUGGCCCUGGCUGCCUCCGCCAUGCUGCCCACCUUCCACAUGUCCUCCUUUUUCUGCAACGCCUUCUACAACUCCUUCUAUCUCACCGCGGGCUUCAUGAUAAACCUGGACAACCUGUGGAUAGUACCUUCGUGGAUUUCCAAGCUGUCCUUCCUCCGGUGGUGUUUCUCGGGGCUGAUGCAGAUCCAGUUUAACGGAUACCCUUACACGAUGCAGAUCGGCAACUUCACCUUCUCAGUCUCUGGAGACGAGGUGAGCAGUGGAGGCUGGGAAUUCUCAAUUCAAGGGCUGCUGAGGGCGCAGCAUCCUUGGGAGCUCACCAAGCGUCCGUGUCCGCAGAUGGUGGCUGUCAUGGACCUGAACUCACACCCGCUCUAUGCGAUCUACCUCAUCGUCAUUGGCAUCAGCGGUGGCUUCCUGUUCCUGUACUAUCUGUCCUUGAAGUUCAUCAAACAGAAGUCACUUCAAGACUGGUGAUGCUCACCCAGGCUUGCUCCUGCUGGGUGGGACCCUUCUCCCAGGGCUGGCUGCCUCCUGUGCAGCCCUCCUGAGGACAAAGAUCACAGAGCUCAGCAGCAUCCGCCCCUUGGCGCUGCAGUGCCACAGGUCAGCCACAGGAUGGCAGUAGAAUAAAGACAGUUGAAAGGGAUUUCUGCUCACUGGCCUGGGCUUGUGAUGGGAGAAAAAAACCGGGACUUGGUGCACCCGCAAUGUUGCUCAUUUAUUUCCGUUGGUUAUAUCUUUAUAUAAGCAACCCACUUUAGAUAUAAAUUGAGUAGCCAGGCCAUGCAGAAAUUUCUGGAACCCAGAGAGAAUGGUGUUUUAAUAGCAAAAAUGUUGAGCUUUAUCUCUCCCAGUCCUCAUAUCCUGUGUUGAUCCGCUCCCACUACAGAAGGUGGUCUAAAACAGACUAGCGAGACGUUAUUUCUUAUCUCUGUGUGGAUCCACAGACUCCAAACCCCAAAGCUGAACAACUAAGAGUUUAUUGAGCAUCUACUCCACGGUAGGUACAGUGGCACGUGGCUAUCGUCACUUGUUCUCAGAACAACCCACGGAUGUAAGCAGCAUCCUGUUUUAUAGGUGAGGUCCCUGAGGCAAAGACAUAUUCAGUUGUCUCGGCUUACAUGGUUGCUUUGUGGUGGAAUCAAAAAGAUCUUGAUGCCUUUGGGAGUUAGAGAGCAAAAGACCGGACCUGAGAUACUGGCAUUGGAGUUCAAGAAGCUUCUAGAAACAGCUUAGAGAGGUUGUGCCAGUCCAGGCAAGCCUCAGAGGUGCAUCCCACUGUCUGGGUCUCAGAAUUAGCCUGGAACCUCUCCUAAUGGCCAGAGGAUGGAUUGCUUGCUCACCCGGGUUAUAUGCUUCAGGCCUGUGUUGAGGACCAUUUGACUCAAAGCACAGAGAUGGGAGGCAGUUGUUCCCAGACGAAAACUAGAGCCUGGCACUGAAAGGAACAGGGAGGAGGGUGUUUGGGGCCAAGAGAUAUUCUCCACCAAUUCCCCAGAUCCCAUGUCCAGUGUGGUCCCUGGCCAGCAGUAGGGCAUCACCGGGUGCAGAUGAGGUAGGCAAAAUCCCAGGGCUGCCCAGACCCACGGACUCAGCAUCCGUGUGUUCAGACUACCCUAUGACGUAAGUGCAGACCCCAGUGUCCUUCCCAACAACUACUAGAGCAGCAACUGUCCUUCCCAGCACCCACUAGACUCAUGGAGCUCACACAGUCCCAGUGCCACCGUUCAGUGCACAGAUGCCACUUAAGAUCCAGAAAGCGAUCCACAGUGCCCUCCUCGCCCAGGGAGAGUCCAGGGCACCGUCUCUUUAAUUCCUUUCAGUUUGGAAUGCUCCUCAAUGCUCCUGACACUGGGGUAGCUUUGAAUUUGGGUUUAUCUGGUGUAUUUUAUGAUUAAAUCUAGGGCCGGGCACCUUUGGUCAGAAUAUCCAGAAAUGACACCUCCCCCAUCCGCCCCCCGCCGCCAAAUGUGUCCCAUCAAGUGGCACAUGGUUUCCACUUGUCCUAUGCCAAUGUUCACUUGGAUUGGUUGAUGGAAGGCAUGUCUGUCUGUCUGUCAGACUCCUACACAUUCACUAUGUUCCCCCUUCCAUAACGAAUAAACCUUUUGCAUGCCAGUGCCUAGGAACUAUUUAUCACUCACUCCUCAUCAAACUUUCCAUUUACUUACCGAGUUAUUGGUAUAAACUAUAUACUUGUGGAAUCCCAUUUUAAUCUAGCAAGCUAUAAUCCAUUGCCAUCAUUAAUUUGAUGCUCCGGUUGUCCCUGAUUCGGCCAGUGGAAAGCUCAAGCUGGCUUCUGCAUCCUCUUAAUCAUGUCCCUGUCAUUCAUUGAGGACCCUGACAAAGCAAAGUAUUUGGGGAUCAUCUUGAAUUUCCCCAGCCCAGCCCUGGGAUUGUCUCUGAAGAUGCUUGACUCUUUUUAGUGGGAAAUGAUGGUUAGAAGCCUAGAUCUGAGUGAGGACUCUGUUCUGCUGCUGCACAUUACUGCUUCAGGGCUCUCAGUGGGCAGAAGGAACGAACACAUGUGCGCGUUACGUUCAUGUGUGUAGUCACAGUCAUAACUGCAUGUAAGUUCAUGCACAUGCUCUGUAAUUGCCACCUAGUGCUAGCUCUUACAGUUCUGUCUUCCUCAGUCUCUGUUUGGGAGACACCUGGCUUCGGUGUCCGUUUCCCUCACCUGCUGAAUCCCACUUGUACUCUAUCUCCGGUCACUGUCCUCCUGUAUGGACAGGAUGCUCACUCUGCAUCCACAGAGCUCUCCUUCAGCCUGUUCUGGGCUCCCUCCCCAGAUCCCAGCUCUGUUUUUGAUUAGGUAACCUGCAGUCUUUAGGCCUGGAUGGAGAGGCUGGGGAGAGGAAGGUUGGCAGCCACUGAGAGAUGUCAUCUGACUUGGGGAGCUUGCCACUCCAUGUGCUGUGGUACCCAGAACUUGGGGCAUGAGAGAUGCCGAACAUCAGGCAGUUGCUGGUUCUUUGGAGCCUGUCUUCAGGGCAGGAGUCCUCCAUCCUGUCUGCCCACACAGAGGCCGGUAUCAAUCUACCCCAAUACUCUGACUUCAUGAGUUUGUUUUGUUGAAAGUGUUCUCCAGGGCACACAAGGCCUGGGAAGAGAAGGGCCUGGGCCCUGGGACACCCAAUAUCCUCCAAUGACCCUUCUGCAUCGCAAAGAGCCAGACUUUUCUUGUGGGUCGCACAUUUUCGCUGCUAAGGAUACGUAUUUUAGGCUUUGAUAGUCAUCUAACCUGUCCCGAUCUGUCACUCUGCUGUUCCGGUGUGAAAGCAGUCUCAACCGCAGUAGAGUGUGGAGGGUGUGGAUGCAUUCCAAUAAAACAGCUUACAGAACCGCACAGCUGCUGGAUUUGGCCUGAGGCUGCGGCUUGCAGACUCCUGAUCCGAAGAUGAAGGUUUUGAAAUUUACAUUUUUAAGCUCUCCAAAUUCAAGUUAUGCUAUUGUUGGGGGGA